AAACAGAUUAAAGUUCAUAUUUGGUUUCCCAUCUCGACUGAUUUAUGAUAUUCGGAUCAGCUUUAUGCAAAGAAAGUUCCAAAUUGAGCCAUUUCCUUUGCCCUUUUGAUCAGUGUGAGCUCAAUGAGAUAAGGACUUAAAGUAACAGCAAACCGUUAUUCUAAAGCAUCCAAUUUCAGAACAGAACCAGCACCCAGCUGAGGAGGAAAAAAGAGCUAGCGACGCCACUAUAUAAAGAAUGAAAGAAGUUGUAAAAAUAACGUAAUCAGAUUUAUUUUUUUAAAAACAAACAAAUUCUGUUAAUCUCUGUCUCAAAAACCUUUUCUUUCUUUUUAUCUAUCUCUCUGAAAAAACCUUCGAAGAUUUCAAUCUUUUCUUUCUUCCUAGUUAAUAGAUAGAUAGAAUACAAGAGGAAAGGAGAGACUUUUAUUAGAGAAAUGCCGGCGUUUCUUCACGCCGGAUUUCUGAUCUUUACUUUAGGGUUAAUUUUAUUACCAGUAGCUUUUGUUUAUAGUAAUCAUUAUCUAACUCUUGAAAGAAUUAUUCCGAAUAAUCAUAAUAUUGGAUUGAAUGAGUUAAAGAAUAGAGAUAGAACAAGACAUGGUAGAAUCUUGCAACAACAACAAUCUUCAAUUGGUGUUGUUGAUUUCUCUGUUCAAGGUGCUGCUGAUCCUUACACUGUCGGGUUAUAUUUCACCAGAGUGAAAUUAGGCUCACCACCAAAGGAAUUCAAUGUACAGAUUGAUACAGGAAGUGAUAUAUUGUGGGUUAAUUGCAAUUCAUGCAGUGGUUGUCCCAAAAGCAGUGGACUUGGAAUAGAGCUGCAGUUCUUUGAUCCUGGCAGUUCAUCCUCAGCUUCUCCAAUAUCAUGUACUGAUAGCGUAUGCAGCUCUGUUGUUCAAACUGCCGAGGCUGGUUGUUCUGAAAAUUCUCAGUGUAGUUACCAAUUCCAAUAUGGAGAUGGUAGUGGGACAGCAGGGUUUUAUGUGUCAGACAUGUUGGAUUUUGACACAGUUACUGGCAAUUCUCUGAUGUCCAACUCUUCAGCUCCCGUUGUUUUUGGGUGUAGUAACUAUCAGUCUGGGGACUUAACUAAGACAGAUAGAGCAGUUGAUGGAAUUCUUGGUUUUGGGCAACAUGGUAUGUCUAUCAUCCAACAAUUAUCUUCAAGAGGGAUAACACCAAGGGUGUUCUCACAUUGUUUGAAAGGAACCGACAGGGAUGGUGGUGUAUUAGUUCUUGGUGAAGUUGUGGAAGAGGGUAUCGUUUACAGUCCGCUUGUUCCAUCACAGCCUCACUAUAACUUGAAUUUGCAAAGUAUUGCUAUCAAUGGACAACCAGUGCCUAUUGAUCCAGCUGUUUUCUCAACAUCAAACAGUCAAGGAACAAUUGUUGAUUCCGGAACAACUUUGGCAUACCUAGCUGAAGAAGCAUUUGAUCCAUUUGUCAAUGCCCUUGUUGCUGUUGUUCAACAGUCCGUAAAACCUUUUAUAGAUAAAACAGGAAACCAAUGUUUUAUAGCCCAAACCAGUGUCAGUGAAGCAUUUCCUCCAGUUAUGUUAAAUUUUGCGGGUGGUGCAACUAUGAUUUUAAAGCCCGAGGAUUACCUACUACAAACACCAGGUCAUCAAGGUGAAUGGUGUGUUGGCUUUCAAAAAGUGCAAGGUCAAGGAAUUACAAUUUUAGGAGACCUUGUUCUUAAAGAUAAAAUUAUUAUUUAUGAUCUGGCUCGCCAACGCAUUGGAUGGGUAAACUACGACUGUUCACAGUCAGUAAAUGUCACAUUGGGUUCUGGUAAUGAGAAAAUCAGCGAGGCACAGCUGAAUGGAAGCAGAUCACCACAGGAUGCUUUAUACCAAUUAAUAAUACCAAUAGCUGCCACUGCAAUCUCACUGUAUAUCUCCUUGUUUGCCGGGUUCUGAUUUUUGUAAAUUAGGAUUAUAUACCACAGCUUCGGCAAAAAAAAAAGCCCAUUUUUUAUUGGAUGUAUAUUCUUACAAGUGCAGCCCUGUCUAUUAUAAUGAUUUCAAGGGUCUAUUUUUCUUCUCCUCUCUGUUUUUUUCUUCAUAACUGGUAGAUGUUUCUUCUACAAUGUAUAGUAAGGAGUAACUACAAAUUUGAUCUUAGUUGUCAGUCUUUUUUC